AUUUAUUAAAUAGGUAGAUACAAAAGAUUUGUUUUCAAACACGAAAGACUUUCAUCAAAACUCCAAAGACGAUACAACGACGCGAAAAAAACGUAAAGCUGCUUUGUUCUCUUCAUUCUGUUGUCUAUGCUCGCUUGCAUCAAUACUUGCUGCUCUUCUUUUGAUGGCCGCUAUCGCCGCAGCUCUUUUAGCUAUAUUCAUUAAACCUCACACCACAACAAUUCACUCAACUACGACACAGGUAACGACCCAAUCGACCACAAUAUCGACAACAACAGAAUCUACUACAAUAUUAACGACAACAACAACGGAAUCCACUACUAUAUUAACAACAACAACAACGGAAUCCACUACUAUAUUAACAACAACAACAACUGAAUCUACAACGGUACCAACGACAACAGUUGCACUGACGUUUACUACAACGGUAAGCAUUACAACUACGAUAACUACUACUGCAACAAGUGAGUUAGUAAGAAAAAGACAAACGUCUAUUUGUUUUUUUU